GCGUCAGGAAGGCCGUUGACGACGGCGUCCUUCCCUUUGCCGUCAUGCUCGCAAAGGACAAGACGGGUAAGAGGCUAAGAGCCACCACUCAACCUCGACCCCGUCUGCGGCCCGCUCGUUUUUUGAUACCUUUUUCUGACCCCCCAAACCAGGCAAGAUCGACUACAGCUUCUCGGUGGGCAACGCCUCGCUCAAGCCCGGCGCGCCGCCGGCGACUCCGCAGACGCUGCUCUCGAUAGCGUCCCUGUCCAAGCUGCUCACCGCGGUCGCCGUGCUGCAGCUCGUCGAGCAGGACAUCCUGACGCUCGACACGGAGGUGACGCAGUACCUGCCGGUGCUGGCGUCGCAGCCCAUCAUCACGGGCUUCGACGCCAAGACGGGCCAGCCGAUCCUGGCCAAGCGCACGCAGCCCAUCCGCCUGCGGCACCUGCUCACGCACUCGGCGGGGACGGGGUACCUGAUGGUGAGCGGGACGCUGCGGCAGUGGGCGCAGGCGACGGGGCGGGCGCUGCCGGUGCCGCUGAGCUCGACGUCGGCGGGCGGCGGGGGCGCGUCGGUGGACACGCGCUUCGGGUACCCGCUGCUGUUCGAGCCGGGCGCCGGGUGGGAGUACGGCAGCGGGCUGGACUGGGCGGGCAAGCUGGUCGAGACGCUGACGGGCGGGUUCCUGGACGACUUUGUGCACGAGAACAUCCUGGCGCGCGUGGGCGUGCCGCGCGGCGGCAUCACGUUCCACCCGGGCCGGUUCACGGACCCGAUCGAGCCGCUCGCGGGGAUGGCGACGCGCAGCGAGGACAAGGGCGGGAAGCUGGAGUUCCUGGAGACGCGCUUCGACGCGGUCGCCGAGGCGUUCGGCGGCGAGGGCGCCUGGGGCGGCAUGGGGGAGUACAUCAAGGUGCUGGAGUCGCUGAUGAGGGACGACGGGAAGAUCCUGAAGCCGGCGACGGCGAAGCUGCUGUUUGAGGGCCUGCUGGAGGGCGAGGCCAAGAAAGCGCUCAACGAGAGCAUGAAGCACCCGGAGUGGGUCGUCGGCGUGGUGCCGCCGGGCAUAGAGUACAACUGGAGCGCGGCCGGGCUGCUGUUCGAGAGCGGCAGCCACGAGCACCGGAAGAAGGGCUUCUUGCAGUGGGGCGGCGCCUGGAAUCUGUCCUGGUUCAUUGACCGCGAGGCGGGCGUGUGCAGCGUCUUUGGCACGCAGCUGCGCCAGACGGCGGAUCCCGAGGUGGAGAAGGUCAUCAAGGAGUUCGAAGACAUCAUCUACUCGAAGCUCUGAGGAUGCGGUGGCACACGUUGUCAGAUACCAGCACUCAGCAGAAGGACCGUGGUCAUAUUGGUAUGGGGGUCGAAGAGCCCAAUUGGAGUUAGCAACACGACACAUAUACUACGGGGACUCGGUUCGGCAACUCUUGGACGUGACAUGGAUCAUUAACGGGGAAGAGAAGGCGAGAUGUUUUGUCAGGAAAAGCCCAAACAUCAUAGCAGCCUCAUAGCAUGUUUCACACUGGCUUGUCAUAUCAGCCGCCAACAGAGAGAGGCAUUGAUA